AUGUCAUAUUCCUACUUAUUUAAGUACAUAAUUAUUGGAGACACAGGUGUUGGAAAGUCCUGCCUCCUCCUUCAAUUCACUGACAAACGUUUUCAACCUGUACAUGACUUGACUAUUGGAGUAGAGUUUGGAGCUAGAAUGAUUGCUAUUGAUGGAAAACAAAUUAAGCUGCAAAUAUGGGACACUGCUGGUUUGUUUUGGGGGUUUUUUAAUGGGUUUAGGGUGGAUUCCAAAUGGACAUGGGUUAGGGUAGUUUAUGCCACUGACAAAAGGGACAGGGGUGCUGUUUCUGCUGUAAAUCAGAGCCUUUUAAAAUCCCCCAAUUCUUGA